AUGGAUUCUUCUACUUCCAACUCUGCUCCUUCUUCUUACCAAGACAAUGACACUAUUGCCAAGCCUCCCAAGUUUAACAAAAACAAUUUUUCUAUGUGGAAAAGUCGCAUGACACUCUACCUUGAGGGUGUUGAUAGUCAAUAUCUCUCUAUCCUUAAGGAUGGACCCAUUCUUCCUAAAGUAUGGCUUCGUCAUGGAAAGAACAAAGACGAAGGUAAGUCUUCAAAUGAUUCUAAUGAUGAUGAAGAGAAAUCUGAUUCUACUGGAAUGUUCAUCAUCAAAGAUCCUUUUCAGUACAAUGAAGACGAUAAAAGAAAAGUUUCCUUGGAUACCAAGGUAAGGGCUAUCAUUGCCCUCUCUCUUCCUGAUGAUGUCUUCCACUCCCUGGUAAACCUCUCUACUGCCAAGGACAUGUGGAACACUAUAUUUGUUCUGUAUGAAGGAACCAUCGAAGUAAAGAAAAGCAAGAAGAUUGACCUCGUUAGGCAAUAUGAGCUCUUUGUGCAUGGGAAAGGUGAAUCUCUCACUGAGUACUACAACAGGUUUAAUAGCCUUCUCAAUGAUCUGAAGUUUCAUGGCAGAGUCUAUGAAAAUGAAGAAGUCUUGUGUAAGUUCAUGGACUGUUUACUAGACUUCUGGGAAAACAUCUGUACUUGUAUCAAGACAAGUAAAUAUCUUGAAAAUAUGCCUCUUAUUGCUCUUUAUGGAACUCUCCAUAAUUAUGAGCAAACCAAGCUUCUCAAAAAGACAUUAUUAAAGGAUCCCAAAACUUCUUCUCCUGUUGCCCUUCUCUGCAAUGAUACGAGGAAGCCAGUCAGUGAACCUCGUAUCACUUAUCUGACUGACACUGAAGAUGUUGCUGUCAUAAAAGAAGAACUUGCUGAAAGCCAUGCUGAUGAUGCUGAUGAUGAGGGUGAUGAACCCUCAGUUAAUGACUUGGCUGACAACAUGGCCAUGAUGGCUACCAACUUCAAAAGGUAUGCCAAAAAGGGCUCUUCUACCUUCUCUCCCAAAUCUAAGGUCACCGACCGAAGAACCUUAGAUCAAUCUAAGUCGGCUCCUCUUGAUCUGUCCAAUGAGGAGUGCUUCAACUGUAGUAAGAAAGGUCACUUUGCUGCUGAGUGCAAAAGCAAAAUGAUCUCUAAGCGUCAUCCUUCUCAUCCCUCUAGCCGAUCCUCUCAUGAUAAGUACAAGGCAAAAUACAAGAGAGAAAAGGCAAAGAACCUGAGCCUUCAGAGAAAAGGUAAGGGUCUCAUCGCUGAGACUCAUGACUGGAUUGAUGAGUCAACCUCUUCCUCCAAUGAUAAGGACAUGGCACAUAUGUGUCUUAUGGCCAACAUCCAGGAGAUAGAAGACUCUGUCAAGAACUCCUCCUCUACUGCUGCUGCUGAUCUACCUUCUACCUCCAAGGAUGCCAAAGACCUGGUCAAACCAAAGAAAGUAAAGAACUUGUCCUCUCUCUCUGAAUCUGAAAAGGUUCAAGCUUAUGAUUCUUUAUCUGUUGAUCUUUACAAUGCUAGAUCUGCUAAGAGAAAGCUGACCUUGAAAUCAAAAGUCUAA